AUGGUGCACAUAUCGCUGCCUAGAGGCCUCAGCCAACUUGGAGGAAAAAACAAAGACAAAGAUCAGGGUGUCGGUGGUUCUGCUCCCAAUGGAAAUGGUAGCAGAAGGCCCAGUCCUCCACGGCUGGGAAGUAACAACAACAGCACCGCUGCCUUGGUCGAUCAAAAACCCCUUAUUCUCAAAGUCUAUGUCAUAAAGGCGCGAAAUCUGGCACCAAAGGAUAGAUCUGGCACCUCCGAUCCCUACCUUGUGGUCACUCUCGGCAAUGCGAAACAGUCCACACCCUCGAUUUCGAAGAAUCUCAAUCCGGAAUGGAAGAUAUGCUUCGAUAUGCCUCUGACGGGCGUCCCACUACUUGAAUGCAUGUGCUGGGAUAAGGAUCGCUUUGGCAAAGACUAUAUGGGCGAAUUUGACAUCCCGAUCGAAGAUAUCUUCACCAAUGGACAGAUACAGACCCAGCCUAAAUGGUACAAGCUGAGUUCGCGGAGACCGACGGGGAAGAAACCGAGCAAUGUGUCCGGAGAAGUGUACAUGCAAUUCUCUCUCGUCGACUCGGCGAAUCCGUCCGCUAGUCCAGACGAGAUCCGGAAAAAGUUUCAAGCCUACCUCGGAGCCGAAGAAGAGGACGAUGAAUUGAGCCGUGUCUCUUCGAAUGUUGAUGACUUCGCCGCGGACGAGGAAUUUGACGAGCUUGACGAGGAUCAGGAGGAAUCAGUCACAGAGACCGAAUCCCCCCAGAAACUCGAAACUGCCGACAAGAAAGCGAAGAAGAAACGACUCGCACGCCUCCGACGCCGGUCGAUUGCGGCAAGAGCUUACAAUUUCCUUUCAGAAGACAACGAUGUCAAUGGCAUUAUUUUCUUGGAGAUUGUCAAGAUAAUCGAUCUACCACCUGAACGAAACAUGACCCGAACCUCUUUUGAUAUGGACCCCUUUGUGGUUACUGCAUUGGGCCGGAAGGUCUUGCGAACAAGGGUGGUUCGACACAAUCUGAACCCGGUGUACAACGAAAAGAUGGUCUUUCAGAUCAAGCGCAAUGAAGUCGGCUACUCCUUCACAUUCAGUGUGAUCGAUCGAGACAGCUUGUCAGGAAACGACUUCGUGGCUUCGACCUCAUUUCCCCUGCAAAAAAUGAUCCAAUCUGCUCCAAAAGAGGAUCCAGAGACUGGUCUCUAUGACCUUCCUGAACCACCAGAGUUUUCGCCGGCAUUGCAGCAAAAAGGCAGAUUUCGCAUUCCCUUAUCACGCACCACAUCGGCCAAUAGUCUAUCAAAGCUAACCAGGCCUGGUUUGAAAAAGGACGACUCUCAAGUAUCACUGUCCAGCACGAAUAACAGUACAAGUAGUGACGAUGCCAGUCGGCCCCCGCCGCCAACGAGUAUGCCGUCUGAAAAUAAUGGUAACAACGGAAACAACGGAAACAAUGGAAACAACGGAAACAAUGGAAACAACGGAAACAAUGGAAACAACGGAAACAACGGAAACAACGGAAACAAUGGAAACAAUCUGAAAAUUCCUCCUGGCGUUGACCUCCCCCAACCUCAACCCGCAGAAGACCCAACGAUGAUACCCUACGUGAUCCCAUUGGAACUCAAGAAUAAGGAACGAUGGGAAGACAAGCAUAGUCCCGAGCUCCACAUCCGAGGAAGAUAUCUGUCUUACAAGGCGCUGAGGCAGCAGUUCUGGAGGGCAAUGCUGAAGCAGUAUGAUGCCGAUGACAGUAGGCGGAUCAGUAAAAUCGAAUUCACCACGAUGCUUGAUACGCUCGGGUCGACUCUGAAAGAAUCAACGAUUGACCGGUUCUUCAAGAGGUUUGCCGCCGAAAAUGAAGACGUUGGGGAGGCAGAUUUGACCUUUGACCAAGCAGUGAUUUGUCUAGAGGAACAAUUGCAGAAGAGCAGUGAAAAGAAGUCCCAGCUCGAGAAGAUCAAGAGCGCCGAAAUAUUUUCGACACAGAAGGAUGUCAUUCCCCCGCAAGUUAGCAACAAUGAUGAAGUGCCAACUAUUACACAAGAGGCGACUGGGGCUGCUGGUGAGGAGGGCAAAUUGCUCGGAAAUGACCUUGCGGACGAAGGAGACGAAGAACAUGUCAUCGAGAUUCGGGAGUGUCCCAUAUGCCAUCAACCAAAAUUGAACAAACGCACCGAAGCCGACAUCAUAACGCACAUUGCUACCUGUGCCAGCUCAGAUUGGAGGCAGGUCAAUAAUCUAGUAAUGGGCGGUUUCGUGACACAGAGCCAAGCUCAGCGGAAGUGGUACUCCAAGGUCAUUACUAAGAUCAGUUACGGAGGCUACAGACUGGGCGCUAACAGCGCGAACAUUCUUGUUCAAGAUCGGAUUACGGGGCAGAUCAAUGAAGAACGAAUGUCUGUAUACGUUCGCAUUGGCAUCCGCUUGCUCUAUAAAGGCUUGGGCGCGGGCGAAAUGGAGAAGAAAAGAAUCAAAAAGAUGCUGCGAUCGUUAUCAGUCAAACAGGGCAAGAAGUUCGAUGAUCCAGCCUCGGUGGCGCAAAUUCCCGGAUUCAUUGCCUUCCACCAGCUCGACAUGUCCGAAGUGCUCCUCCCAACUUCCGAGUUCAAGAAUUUCAACGAAUUCUUCUAUCGUGCUUUGAAACCCCACGCUCGGCCUUGCAGUGCACCAGAACGAGCUGAAAUCAUCGUCUCUCCUGCAGAUUGUCGCUCCGUUGUGUUCAAUACCAUCGAUGAUGCGACACGAAUUUGGGUCAAAGGCAGAGAUUACUCGCUCGAGAAACUAUUUGGUGAGGCAUAUCCAUUAGAAGCGAAACGAUACAAAGGCGGCAGUAUGGGCAUUUUCAGACUUGCGCCUCAAGAUUAUCAUCGUUUCCACAUUCCGGUCGACGGUACCUUGGGAACACCAAAGGCCAUCGAGGGUGAAUACUACACAGUCAAUCCCAUGGCGAUCAGAUCGGCAUUGGAUGUCUACGGUGAAAAUAUCAGGGUUUUGGUACCCAUCGACUCCGUUGCCCACGGCAGAGUCAUGUACGUCUGCAUUGGUGCAAUGAUGGUCGGCUCAACGGUUAUUACCCGGAAACCGGGGGAUCGGGUCAAACGAGCUGAAGAGCUUGGAUAUUUCAAGUUUGGCGGCAGUACCAUUCUCUUGUUCUUCGAGCCGGGAAAGAUGGUCUACGACGGAGACCUUGUCGACAACAGCAUUGGAGCUCUCGAAACACUGAUCCGUGCUGGUAUGUCUAUUGGACACUCACCGAAUGUUGAGCCGCAUAGGCCGGACAUGAAGAAGGACGAGAGCAGCAUUACCAUGGAGGAUAGACAGGAAGCCAGGCGGCGCAUUGAGGGCAGCAUUGCACCUGACAUGGAUAACUUUGGCAUACUCUCUCCCGACACCGAGUCGGGCGAUGCAAUGAGCUCGCUACACCCGGCCAACAUCGCGUAA